CUGUGCAGGCGCCGCCACACGGCCGCUCUGGGACUGCGGCCUCGUUGGUGCUGACGGCGGCGGCCCGAGCGGGGAGCAGCGGCCUGAGCGGUGGCGAAGUCAGCGGCGGCCUCGGUAGCAGCGGCGGUCGCGCCCGUUCCCCGCCGCACCAUGCCCACCGUGGAGGAGCUCUACCGCAACUAUGGCAUCCUGGCGGACGCCACCGAGACCGUGAGCCAGCAUAAGGAUGCGUACCAGGUGAUCUUGGAUGGCGUGAAGGGAGGUGCCAAGGAGAAGAGACUCGCAGCCCAGUUUAUUCCUAAGUUCUUCAAGCAUUUUCCUGAGCUAGCUGACUCGGCUAUCAAUGCCCAGCUGGACCUCUGUGAGGAUGAAGAUGUUUCUAUUCGGCGACAAGCGAUCAAGGAAUUGCCUCAGUUUGCCACUGGAGAUAAUCUUCCUCGGGUAGCAGACAUACUGACCCAGCUCCUGCAGUCAGAUGAUUCUGCAGAAUUCAACUUGGUGAACAAUGCUUUGCUCAGUAUAUUUAAGAUGGAUGCUAAAGGGACUUUGGGUGGCUUAUUCAGUCAAAUUCUUCAGGGAGAGGAUAUUGUGAGAGAGCGAGCCAUCAAGUUCCUCUCUACGAAGCUGAAAACCCUGCCUGAGGAGGUGAUGACAAAGGAGGUAGAAGAGUUCAUAUUGACUGAAUCAAAGAAGGUGCUGGAAGAUGUAACGGGUGAGGAAUUUGUUCUGUUCAUGAAGAUAUUGUCUGGAUUAAAAAGCUUACAGACAGUAAGUGGGAGGCAACAACUAGUGGAGCUGGUGGCUGAACAAGCUGACCUGGAACAAACAUUCAAUCCAUCUGACCCAGACUGUGUGGACAGACUUCUGCAGUGUACCCGACAGGCAGUGCCACUCUUUUCAAAAAACGUUCAUUCCACAAAAUUUGUUACUUACUUCUGUGAGCAUGUUCUGCCAAACCUCGGUUCUUUGACUACGCCAGUAGAGGGUCUUGAUAUCCAGUUAGAGGUUUUGAAGCUGCUUGCUGAAAUGAGCUCAUUUUGCGGCGAUAUGGAAAAGCUUGAAUCAAAUUUGAAGAAGCUGUUUGAUAAAUUACUGGAGUAUAUGCCCCUUCCUCCAGAGGAAGCGGAGAAUGGGGAAAAUGCUGGCAGUGAGGAGCCCAAGUUGCAGUUCAGUUAUGUGGAGUGUUUGUUGUACAGCUUCCAUCAGCUGGGACGUAAGCUUCCGGACUUCCUCACGGCCAAGCUGAAUGCUGAGAAACUGAAAGACUUUAAAAUCAGGCUACAGUAUUUUGCUCGAGGCUUGCAGGUGUAUAUUCGACAGCUUCGUCUCGCACUUCAAGGCAAAACAGGAGAAGCUUUGAAAACAGAGGAGAACAAGAUAAAAGUGGUUGCCUUGAAAAUAACCAACAACAUUAAUGUUUUAAUUAAGGAUCUCUUCCACAUUCCUCCUUCCUACAAAAGUACAGUUACACUGUCCUGGAAACCAGUGCAGAAGGCAGAUGCAAGUCAAAAAAGAACAAGUGAAGAUACAACCUCAAGUUCACCCCCAAAGAAAGCUUCGGCAGGACCAAAAAGGGAUGCCAGGCAAAUAUAUAAUCCUCCCAGUGGAAAAUACAGCAGUAACCUGGGUAGUUUUUCUUACGAGCAAAGAGGUGGUUUCCGGGGUGGCCGAGGAAGAGGCUGGGGAGGACGUGGCAAUCGUAGCCGAGGAAGAAUCUACUGAGUAAAUCGCUGAAGUCUUCCAUGCCCUGCAGGGGCUAAAAUGAAAGUGCUACUCAGCAAGUUUGCCUGCAGUACUGCUUCCUUCAAGGACUGCCUUCCACUGAGACUGACUUAAGUGUUCUUUAUACCUUUGUAUGUAUGAUCUACUUUUCUAACGGACUACAACUUGUCCAUAGUGAAACUACAACUGUAUUUUUGGAUGCUUCCAGUUAGCAGUUUUGGGUUCCUUAUUUUUGAAGUGUCUUCAGGAUUCAAAAUUGGAAAAGAGUGUAGAAUUUUAUCAAAAGCUACAUCUUGACAGUUUGUACAUUAACCUAAAAAUUAGCUAGUGCAUAACUGAAACUAUAUAAUUGAGUUUAUUAAGUAAUGGAUAGGAAAGGCAUGGCAACAGAGAUACGUGUCAGAUAAGCUUAGCAGCUGAACUAAUCCUUUCCUCAUCUGUAUAACCACAUUUUGCAAUAUGUGGAGAAGAGUACUGUUAAAUUUGCUUUGGUUUUCUUUUUUUUUGUCAAUUGACUUGAAUGAGAUCCAUGCUGGUUUUAUAAAGUUUGCAACAACUUUUGCCUGUAGCAUGAAGCAGUCCUUUUACUUAGAGAUGUGGAAAAUUGUGGUGGCUUUUGGUUUGCACAUCUUACUCUUCUCCGUGCAUUGUAAUGCAGAAAGUGAUGUUUUGCAAAUUCAUUUUUAAUGUUGAAAAUAAAUAUGAGCAUAGAGUUAUGCCGUGAAAUUUCACUCAAUGAACAGGAAAACCAAUAAAUGACUAGAAUUCUUAUAGGAAUGAUUAAAGACUGAUGCAGUGAUUAAGCUUCAUAGGUUGGAGCUGGACUGUAGCAAUACCUGGCUCUUUUCUGUGUUCUGCAGGUUUCUGGAUUAGUUGGCACUUGAGGGUUGGUUUUAGUCUUGGUUUGGUUUUGUGGGCUUUUUGAUUUAAUUUUUUAAACAAUUCAGUUGCAUUUAAAAAUAUAUAAAUAAAAUCAUAUUUUGAGUAACACUGAAAAAAUUCCAACUAUGUAGUUCGAUUCAGGUGGAAAAGCUAACAAUUCCAUGUUAUGUUUUUGUCCAUAGCAACUUGGGAUUCUUAUUUACUGGUGUGCACCCAGAAAAUACAAUGUAAGAGCACAAUGCUUUGGGUUUUUUUUUAUUCUCACCGCUCAAACUUUUACUUCUCAGGUCAUUCAGCAUUGUAAAGGAACUAGCAGAUAGUAAAAAGAAGUUGAGACGGAGGAAAAGGAUUUUGAUAAGUGUUCCAGGGCGUGUUGAUGUAAAAUAGCUUAGACUUUAGAAGAAUGAAGAUUAUUCCUCACCCUUUUCUUUUGUCCAGCCAUUUGAUAUCUGCAGACAAAUGCCUGAAAGUGAUGUUUCCCCUCCUAGUUCCAUUUGUGUUAGCUUGUGAAUCUGACUUGGGUGUCUUCCUUAAUACUCUUUGGUAUUUAUCACUACAGUCAGAAGGCCAGAAUACCAGAAAUAUGACUAAGUUAAGAGACAUUGAUGCUGAAUUAGAAGUCUGGUUUUGCUUAAUUCUGGAGCAGGAGGCAGCAAACUUUGGACAUUCCAGGCCAUGUGAGCUGACUGUUUCUGAUUACAUGGCAGGUGUUAAACUCAAGAUUAGUCCCUAAACCCAACAAACUUGGUGAAAAGCUUUCAAGGAAAAUUUGUGAGGUCAAAAUAUCACUUUGAAAAUAAGCACUAGAUUAGUAAUAAGCUUCCACUGGGGACAAUACAGUUUGCACUUGUGGCUGUCAUUUGUGUUUUGAAGGGCUUUAAAAGUGUAAUCUCAAAGCCUAAACAUAGCUUGUAUUUAGACUAAUAACCAGGUACUAGCAGCUUCCUCCUUUGAAUUUCGAGUGAGUUUUCUUUAGGGGACUCCUGUUUUCAGAGGUGAUGUGCAAAGUCCUUGUGGCCUCAGAAGUAGUUAAUCCUCCCUUUCUCCUCCCAGUUUCAUAUUUCAUUUCUUGUGGAGACACCUGUUUACCAUCCUGUUGAAUUGUACAUGUUCCCUUAUGCUUUUGGAAUAAAUUCAUUUUGUAAUUUU